AUGGCCAUUGUAGCAACUCUCAUCCUACUACCACUACAACUGCUUUGCUUUGCAGUUAUUUUGAUUGUGUACGGUAUUUUCCUAUAUCUCGGCGCCAAAGACGAGUAUGCCAAAAUUGUGGAGGCCAUCUCUGGAGCUGCACUCGCGCUAUGUCUGCUGUCGAUCGUCCUAAACCUGAUACUCCCAGGUCUCCGUUUCCGCCGAUUCUUGGUAGCGUCUCUACAUGGAGUAACCAUGGUCUUAAUGGUUGCCGUGGCUGCCACAACGAGACAAGGCAUAUCUUGCCCAGUCACUGUAACUACGCCGCUCGGAAGCGGCCUCGCAUCGGACCAAGCGCCUGGACCGCCGGAUAACGGCUUAGAGAAUCUGGGCAAGGAUGAAAGGCAAAGAGCCUUUAAAAUCAUGGGGUUUGUGGCCCAUGCGUACGUUUGGGGAAACGGCGAGGUUGAAGUCCUCCGCCAACUACCGUCGCAGUUGGCGAUACCACUGCACCGUCUAGGAGAGGAGUUCGGAAUGACACCGCUGGCGACAUAUGCGACUACGGUAUUGUGGAACUGCUCCCUAAAUGAUCCCGACGGGGGCUGGGUGCCAGAGAAUGUCGAUGUUGAUUUGACGUUCACUGGAACACAUGAUGAGAAGCGGUUCUACGCUGUCAGUGCAUGUAUCGAGGCAACAGGAGCCAAGGUGCUGAACUACUUGGUCUGGGCCGCCUCGCUGGUGCGUGCACGCAUCAACGUCGACGACACACACCAAGUCAUGAUCAAGUCUUCGUUGGCUCGAGCCGGAGAAUCGAUGAGAAAGCUGGUCUACCUUUUGACGCGAGUCUUCACAAUGGACAGCGAACACUUUUACUGGAGAAUGCGGCCCUAUUUCGCGGGUUGGGCGCUUGUAGAAGCCGAUACCGAUCGGCCUGGCGGUGUACAUUACUCGGGGGUCGACCGGCCUGGUGAAACUACGUCGCACGCUGGCAUAUCAGCGGCACAAUCGACACUAUUCCAGUGCAUAGACAAACUGCUGGGGAUAGAGCACGAGGCGCGCCAGGAUCUACUGCUUCGGGGGGCUCGAAUGCAUAUGCCUCGGAACCACCGCUGCGUCCUCCAGCUAGUCGAGAUCGCGCAUGGGUCCAUCCUGAAAUGGUACGUGGAUCAACAUCCUGAUCUGGCUGGUGACUUUGACAACAUCCGAGAAGAGCUCGUGAGAUUUCGGGCCGUUCAUCUUCGUGCGGCGUCCAAGUAUGCGGUCACAGAGGCCAGUCGUCAGGGGAAGCAAGCGUUCGGCCUUGCGAAAAGCGCUCACAAGGGUGGAACCGCCGUUGGCGCGGGGGGCUCACAGCUGGAACCUCUCCUCACAAGUCUCGUCCACAGCACUCGCUGUCAAAAGCGUGAAGGCCCACGACCGAGAAUGCGCAGCACAACCUGGCAUUCUUAA